AAGUUUUAAUCUAAUUUUCCCCUUUCUACCUUCUUUGGCUCUUUUUUUUUUCAAGUUUCUUCUGAUUUCUCAAUUUGAACUUUUUGGGUCUUGAAGGAUAGAUUGAAUCACUUGAUUUGACUUAUUUUUUUUAAAAUCAAAUCGUAGCGAACAAGGUGAAAAUUCAGUUAGGUUAAGGUUUGGAUAGACUUUAUGCACUCCCGACUUCACUUGUGAGAUUACUGGAUAUGUUGUUAUUCAAUGCUAAGUUUAGGUGAGAAUUAAUUUUUUUUCUUGGUCUGAAAAUUGUAAUUAAUUAUUGCAUGUUUUGGCUGUAACUUUAUCUUGUAAGUUGUUUAUCGCAGUUUUCGUGUUUAGCUUAUCCUUGUUCUACCUCCGUAUAGCAGUCGUGUUAUGUGUUGUUUGAGACGAAGGUCUUUGGGAAAUAAUCUCUCUAUCCUCCGGGAGAGGUAGGGAGAAGAGUUGAACUAUGAUGGGAAGAUGCUUAUCAGUUCAAUCAUCAAGCCCAACCAAACUUAAAUUUCAAACUUUGAAUGGAAUUCAACAACUAGCUGAAAGUUGUCGAUUCAAGGCAUGGUUUCUGGAUCAGUUUGGUGUGCUUCAUGAUGGGAAACAUCCCUAUCCUGGUGCCAUUUCGGCCUUGGAAAAGUUGGCAACUUGUGGUGCAAAGAUGGUAAUCAUUAGUAAUUCUUCAAGAAGAGCAUCCACAACCCUGGAAAAAUUGAGGAGCCUCGGAUUUGACCCGUCGCUCUUUAUUGGUGCCAUCACGAGUGGUGAAUUAACACAUCAGUAUCUUCAAACGAGAGAUGACUCCUGGUUUGCCUCAAUAGGAAGAUCGUGUAUUCACAUGACUUGGAGUGAUAGGGGUGCUAUAUCUCUUGAAGGCCUCGGACUAGAAGUUGUAGAGAAGGUUGAGGAAGCUGAUUUUAUUUUGGCUCACGGAACUGAAGCCUUGGGGCUUUCUUCUGGUGCCGCAGUUCCUAUGAAUCUUGAUGAACUUGAAAAGAUACUGGAUCGGUGUGCUUCUAAGAAAAUCCCCAUGGUAGUAGCAAAUCCUGAUUUUGUAACCGUUGAAGCUAGAUCUCUGCGUGUUAUGCCUGGAACAUUGGCAGCCACGUAUGAGAAACUUGGCGGUGAAGUAAAAUGGAUGGGUAAACCUGAUAAGAUAAUAUACAAGUCAGCUAUGGAAAUGGCUUCUGUUGUGGAUGCCUCCGAUUGUGUUGCUAUAGGGGACUCCCUGCACCAUGAUAUCAAAGGCGCAAAUGUAGCUGGAAUUGCUUCAGCGUUUAUCACAGGCGGAAUACAUGCUGCUGAACUUGGACUUGGAAAAUUCGGACAAGUCGCGGAUGAUGAUAAUGUACAUGCUCUUGCCUUGGCAAACAAUGCAUAUCCUACAUAUGUGCUGCCUUCAUUUACUUGGUGAAGAAUGUACUGUUCACUUUUGUACCUCUUUUUGAUGCUUUUGCUUUUGGAGUCAAUCAUUGUGUUUUAACUGAAUUUGUUUUUUCCUUGAACCAUCCAUUUUAUCUUGGUGGAAUACAAGGGUUUUCAUGAUCAAGUCUUAAAUUAGUUAUUGUAAUUAUAGGUAAGGUGAAAUAUAAGAAAAAUGGUACUAUUUUUUUUACUGA